AUGGUUCUGGUCACUGUAAGAAAAACUCCUGCGUAUUUUUCGCGCUACCAAGUGAAGAAGCGCAGAAGGCGCGAGGGCAAAACUGACUACCAACAGCGCACGCGCUUGGUGAAGCAGGACCUCGACAAGUACCAAGCCAAGAAGUAUCGCUUUGUUGUGCGGUUUACCAACAACCGUGUUCUUUGCCAAGUGGCGUACUCGACGAUUAUGGGCGACGUAAUGAUGUGCAGCGCUGACUCGACAGAGCUCGUGGGCUUUGGCAUGCCGGGUAAAGUUCGCGCGGAUGGAGAGCUCUACUCCGUUGACGACGAAGACCUUGAGCGCCGCCCGUUCACUGCGGUGCUCGACGUCGGGCUCGUGCGCACCACCACGGGCGCUCGCGUGUUCGGCGCACUCAAGGGCGCGCUUGACGGAGGACUUUCGAUUCCGCACUCUGAGAAGCGCUUCCCCGGCUACUCGAAGGACGAGAGCGGUGAGGGCUCUUACGACUCUGCGGCCCACCGCGAUCGCAUCUUUGGCAAGCACGUUGCGAACUACAUGCAGCUGCUUGAGCAGGAGGACUCUGAGAAGUACGCUAAGCUGUUCUCGCGCUACAUCGCUGCCGGCAUCAACGCUGCGAAUUUGGAAGAGAAGUACAGAGCGUUGCACGAUGCGAUUCGCAGCAAUCCGCUGAAGGCCGAAAAGAAGCCUGCUGUCGUGUACAAGUAUGAGCGUGACAACCACCACAUCUGUAAAGAUAUCAAAGCUGCAAAUGGACGUUAA